GCCCCCAGCCCGGCGCGCUCCCAGCGCCCCAGCGCGAGCGCGAGCCGCCGGCGGAAGUGCUGCGUCGCGCACUUCCGGGUGUUGUCUGGCCGCCGCCGACGCGCGUCUCCGGUCUCCCGGCCGCUGCUGCCGUCGCCUCGGGUCCCAGAGGCAGGAGCGACGUCACCGCCAUGGCCGGCAUCAAAGCUUUGAUUAGUUUGUCCUUUGGAGGAGCAAUUGGGCUGAUGUUUUUGAUGCUUGGAUGUGCCCUUCCAAUAUACAACCAAUACUGGCCUCUCUUUGUUCUGUUUUUUUACAUCCUUUCACCUAUUCCAUACUGCAUAGCAAGAAGAUUAGUGGAUGAUACGGAUGCUAUGAGUAACGCCUGUAAGGAACUGGCCAUAUUUCUUACAACAGGCAUCGUGGUCUCAGCUUUUGGACUCCCUAUUGUAUUUGCCAGAGCACACCUGAUCGAGUGGGGAGCUUGUGCACUUGUCCUCACCGGAAACACUGUCAUCUUUGCAACUAUCCUGGGCUUUUUCUUGGUCUUUGGCAGCAAUGAUGACUUCAGCUGGCAGCAGUGGUGAAAGGGAUUACUGAACUCUUGUCAGAUGGACUUCUUGUCAUUUCUCAGCUGUCCGUGCACACAGAAGGUGGGGCAGUGAUGCCGAGCAGUGGAGCGAGCCUCUUGGGGGUGUUCUAGGCGCUCCUUCUCUCUUGUAUUGUAAGCAUACUAUUUUCACAGAGACUUGCUGAAGGAUUAAAAGGAUUUUCUCCUUUGGAAAA